AUGGAAGUAGCAGAGGAAAGCAAGAAAGAGCAGGUGGUGUUAACCAUCGACCCACCACCACCGAACACCAAAGCCAAACCAGAUAAUCCCAAAAUUCUCAGACGUCUCAACUAUUCCAAACCCAGGUCCCGUUUUGAAGAGUUCACUCAUCCCUUAAUCCCUCCAAACAGAAUCUCCGAAUACUCCCAAGAACUCCGACCCCAACACCACACCACCACCUCAUCCUCCGACGAAGAGGACGAGGACGACGACGCCGAGUGGUACGGAGAAGUCUACAACGAUGAAGAUCACGACCACUACAGGAAACAACAACGACGACGUAAGAACAAGAUGAACAAGAGAGCUGUGAUCGAGUGGUCUCUCUUUCUCAUCAUAAUGACUUGCCUCAUCUGUUCUCUCACUCUUCAACCCCUCAAGCACAAGAGGCAAUGGAGUUUGGAGAUCUGGAAAUGGUGCCUGAUGAUCAUGGUCGUCUUCUGCGGCCGCCUCGUCUCCGGCUGGGUGGUGGGGUUCGCCGUCUUCCUCAUAGAGAGAAACUUCAUGCUUAAAGAGAAAGUACUCUACUUCGUUCACGGUCUCCGGAAGAGCUUCCAGAACUGCGCAUGGCUCGCCCUCGUCCUCAUCGCGUGGAUGAUUAUGUUCCCGGACGUUCACAAGCACCACAAGUUCCUCAAAAAGGUCUUCCUCUUCCUCAUCGCCAUCUUCGUCGGUGCCACCAUUUGGCUACUCAAGAUCCUCGUCGUCAAGGUUCUGGCGUCCUCCUUCCACGUCGCCACCUUCUUCGAUCGGAUGAAGGAGAGCGUAUUCCACCAUUACAUUUUGGAUGCGCUUUCGGGGCCACCCAUGGACGAAGAGGAUCAGACAGAGGAGACGAGGCUGAGGAGGCUUAAGGCAUCGAAGUCGAUGCCGGCGAGGCUGAGGGAGAAGAAGCAAGGACAGGGCGGGUCUGGGAGGAGGAGGCUAGAUAUGGAUAUGCUGAGGAAGCUGAGCAGGCAGCGGCGGGCGACGGCGUGGAGUGUGAGGAGGCUAGUGAGUCACGUGAGGUCAUCGGGGUUGUCGACUAUAUCGACGAUGGUAGAUGAUUUUGGGAACACGGAGUCGGAGAUCACCAGCGAGUGGGAGGCUCGUAACUGUGCCAAGCGGAUCUUCAAGCAUGUUGCCAAGACUGGUGCCAAAUAUAUAGAAGAGAACGAUUUACUCCGCUUCCUGAAGUAUGAAGAGGUUUACACCAUCUUCCCUCUAUUCGAAGGAUCAGAAGGCGGAAAGAUCUCAAAGUCUUCCUUCCGAAACUGGGUGGUGCAUGCAUACGUGGAGCGGAAAGCUCUGGCACAUUCCCUGAACGACACAAAAACAGCGGUCCACCAACUCCAUAAGCUGGCGAGCGCGGUAGUGAUGGUGGUGAUAACGGUGGUGUCACUCCUAGUGAUGGGGUUGGCCACCACCAAGGUGGUCUUCGUCGUCACCUCGCAGCUGCUGUUGGUUGGCUUCAUGUUCCAGAACACAUGCAAGACCAUGUUCGAGUCCAUCAUCUUCGUCUUCGUCAUGCAUCCCUUCGACGUCGGCGACCGCUGCGUCGUGGACGGCGUUCAGAUGACCGUGGAGGAGAUGAACAUUCUUACGACGGUCUUCCUAAGAUACGACAACGAGAAGAUUUACUACCCCAAUUCUGUGCUCCUCACCAAGCCCAUCAGCAAUUUCAGACGGAGCCCUGACAUGGCUGAUGCCGUCGAGUUCGCCAUUGAUUUCAACACUCCUCUAGAUGACAUCGUUCAGCUCAAGAAGGCCAUACAAACAUACAUUGAGAGUAAGCCGAAGCAGUGGAAUCCGAAACACAGCGUGCUAGUUAAGGAGAUAGAGAACGUGAAUGAGAUGAAAAUGGGGCUGUACGUGCAACACACCAUGAACCAUCAGAACUACGGUGAAAAGAGCAGUCGAAGAUCAGAGCUGGUCUUUGAACUCAAGAGGAUAUUCCAAACCCUUCGCAUUAAAUAUCAUCUUCUCCCUCAAGAAGUCCGUCUCACUCAAUUCAAUAUGGUCCCCAGCCCCACCUCUACCAAUCAUAUAUAAUUAUAUACAUAUAUAUAUAUAUAUGUAUAUUUAUAUAUGUAGUCCUAGCUAGCUAUAUACUUACAAGCAUUGUUUUUUUUUUUUUUCGGUUUGUUUUUCUAUGGUGAUCAGAGCAUGCACACUUAUUAUCCUC